AUCAGAAUUUCCCCAUGACCCCAGUCGAAAUAUAAAAACUCACAGUUAAAGUAGCCAUACAGAUUGUGGACAACAGCAGAGAAAGAAACAUCUGAAAACAAACACUUAUAGCAUCAUGAGACUUUACAUCCUUCUCAGUUUUCUGCUUUUGGCUGUGUUUUGCAGCUCUUGUGUUGAUGCUAGCCAAGUGAAAUUUGGCACGCUCUGCAGAGGUAACCCAAGUAAUCGUAAAAGAGGAUGUGAUGUGGCAAAGUAUGGCUGUGGAAACUAUGGAGCCAGCCGUGGGAAUCGGAAACAUAUGGGUCUUGACAUUGUGUGUGCUGAUGGAGACACGGUUGUUGCUCCAUUUGAUGUGAAGCUGAAUGGCAAAGCUGCACCAUACAUAAAGAACAACGCUAUCAAUGAUGGCAUUAACUUGAGCGGAGAAGGUCUCUGCUUCAAGCUGUUCUACGUUAAGCCAGACAGUUACACUGGGACCCUGAAAAAAGGGCAGAAGAUCGGAAGUCUGCUCCCAAUGCAGAGUGUUUAUCCUGGCAUCACCUCCCAUGUUCAUGUUCAAAUGUGUGACAAAUCAGAUCCCACAAAGUACUUCUAAUGCUGAUGGAGUUGAUGACCACCUGCAACUAUCAAACCACUUCAGAAUCUUCUGCCAUUUAUAUCAGCUUUAUUUCUUCAUGCUGUUGCCCAGCACUUUGCAGUCUAACAAUAAAGUUCUAAGACUAUGUUCUCAGUGUUACAUGUAGUAAAUAGUGCCUCAUAGCAUAUAAAUCCAAAUUUUUUGAGACUCUGGCUUAUUUACAAAGAAAUACAAAACAGUUAUGCAGUAAUGAAUGUUCUAAUGAAUGUUCAUGUUUAGUUUGACCUGCUUUUAUGUUUUAUGUCCUUUUGUGUGGAACCUCUAUUCUUGACUCUUUGUAGCCACAAUUAAAGUGUUAGUUCACCCAAAAA